UUGUCUCCAACCUUCAUGCCGUGGAUUCUCCUUCCGAACGGGACCUACCAACGCCCACUCGGCGACAGUGAAUACGCGUUAUUCAGCGCAUCCCAUAGCGGGAACGGCGACAUGUUUUUGCACUUGUCGCUACGCGCUUCGGCAAACUGUUUCUCAAGAGAACGCGUCGGGAUAGCUUGGGCGUUGAUCCGCAGGGAAAAUCCCUUGCUCAUGUCGCGUGUUACCAUCGUCAAUGACGAGCCUACACUUUAUUUUGCUCCUCCAAGGGAAUUGAUUCAGGAUGCUCAGGCUACGCUUAUGUUCAAUCACAAGUCUAAAGAAGAGCUAAUAACUGCUUACAUGGACGGCGCUCGCCCGCUUUCCAACGACAUUCUAUCUCUCCUUACCAUAUCAGAAUCAGCCACUGGAGAAUACCAGAUCUUCAUGUGUGCGCCACAUUUUUGUGGCGAUGGGACGACCCUUCAUGUUUCAACGCAUGAGCUCAUACGACUCGUCACGUCGAGCCAAACGAACGAGCAACUGAUGCAAAAGCUUCAUCAACCUGUGGAGUGGAUAGAGGUUCUCCCCCCUAGCCUUGAAGAACGGCUUCGCAUCCCAGGUUCGCAAUUUGCUCAGGCUGCCUGCAAGAUCAACUAUCUUCAAGCAUUGAACAAGGAGUUUGCGAGCCAUGUAUUACCGCGGCUCCAACGCGCAGAAAAGUGCACCGGCUUUAUUGAACGCGAGUUCUCUCUCGAGAAGACCGCAAGCAUCUUGGCGAAAUGUAAAGCUCAUGGGGUAACCGUGAAUCAUGUACUCACAGCGCUGGCCACCAUUGCUUGGGCACGCUGUACUUCUCAGCCUUUCGAUCUGCCAAUGAUGCUCUAUACAGCGGCCAGCCUCCGAGGCCAUCUGAUCCCUCAUCAUCCGACCACAUCAGAUACUUUUCUUGCUCUGGCCUAUUUUACGAUUUCGUUACCCGCGUUUCCCCCGUCAGGAACGACCGGUGUCUGGCAUCGUGCCCGGCUCGCAAAAAAGCAGAUGCAGAAUGCCGUACGCUCGCCUCUCCUCCCAGCCCGGGCCGUCCUGUCUGCCGCAUCCCGCGCUCGUCGUAUUACCAAUCCGCCCCCGACCUCCUUACCAACGCUUUCAUUACCUGGUCGCCCCGAACACAGUAAAGCAUUGAUGGGCAUCUCACUAAUCGGAGACCUCGACAGAACAUAUCGUAGACACGAAUACGGGCCAGAUGUCCAACUGCUUAGCGUUGGGACAGCAAGCAGGCUUAAACCCGGCGGGUUCCUUCUCCUCGGCCACUCGUUCGGCAAGAAGCUCGUUCUCCAACUAUGCUGGGACAAAAUGGGCUUUGUCGAUGGCGAGAUUGAGCGUUUUUGGACCCAAGUGGCCAGCGAGGUUGAUGAGAUCUCAUCCUAA